UCUACUGAAAUCUCCUCUCUUUUUUUUCUUCGUUCUGGGUUUUUGUCUAAACCCUUUCUGGAAUCGUGAAUGGUUUCUUCUCGUGGUCUUUUUAUCUUUAAAAGCUGUUUUUUUUUCUUCUUGUGCUUUUGUCGGCGAUGUCGAUCAAUAAGUGUGCUGAAAGGUUUAGCUUUUGAUGAUCUGAAUAGGACAAGCUAAUUGGACAUAGAUUACUGAAUGGAUAUUCCACAAGAAUUAGCUGGAGCUUGGGGGAUUCCCUCUGGAUUUGGUCGCCACCAUCGUCCCUCCAGUGAUGCUACUUUGUUCUCCAGUUCUCUACCUGUUCUUCCCCGUGGAAAACUGCAAUUGAGUGAAAACAGAGAUGGUUUCUCAUUGAUAGAUGAUGCGGCUGCUUCUCGUCCGAACAAAUUUCACGAAAGCCUUGAUGAUAUUGAAUCUCAUUCCAUUGGAAACCUGCUCCCUGAUGAAGAGGAUCUUUUGACAGGAAUGAUGGAUGAUCUUGACCUUACCGAGUUACCAGAUGCUGAUGAUUAUGAUCUUUUUGGUAGUGGAGGAGGAAUGGAACUUGACACUGAUUUUCGAGAUGGAUUGAGCAUCAGUGGUCCUCCAAGGUUAUCCAUUUCAAGUCUUGGUGGAAAUGCAGUUCCGCAAUUCAAUAUUCAAAAUGGUGCGGGAACAGUCGCUGGUGAGCAUCCUUACGGUGAACAUCCCUCGAGAACAUUGUUUGUCCGGAAUAUUAACAGCAAUGUAGAGGACUCUGAACUCAAAGCUCUCUUUGAGCAAUACGGUGACAUUAGAACACUCUAUACUACUUGUAAGCACAGGGGAUUUGUCAUGAUAUCUUAUUAUGACAUUCGUGCUGCUCGAAUGGCUAUGCGUUCUCUACAGAAUAAGCCACUUAGACGGAGGAAAUUGGAUAUUCAUUUCUCAAUUCCCAAGGAUAAUCCAUCUGAGAAGGAUAUGAAUCAAGGGACAUUAGUGGUUUUUAACCUGGAUCCUUCAAUUUCUAACGAUGACUUGCACGGCAUUUUUGGUGCUCAUGGAGAGAUCAAAGAGAUAAGGGAAACACCGCAUAAGAGGCAUCACAAAUUCGUUGAGUUUUAUGAUGUUCGAGCUGCUGAAGCAGCAUUAAAGGCUUUAAAUAGGUGUGAGAUAGCUGGAAAACGUAUAAAAGUUGAACCUAGUCGCCCUGGAGGAGCUCGUCGAAGCUUGAUGUUGCAACUUAACCAAGAACUUGAGAACGAUGAUUUGCAUUUCCUACCGCUGCUUGGUUCACCCAUGGCAAACUCUCCUCCAAGUAACUGGAUGCAGCUGAACAGUCCCGUUGAAGGUAGUCCGCUUCAAAGUGUAAUGAGUAGGUCACCCGUUUUCGGAAUAAGUCCUACAAGGAACAGCCACUUGUCUGGUUUGGCUUCUGCUCUAAAUUCACAAGGACCAAGCUCCAAGCUUGCACCCAUCGGUAGGAGUCAAAUUGGUAGCAAUGUGUUCCAACAGUCGUCGCAUUUAUUCCAAGAGCCAAAGGUGGAUAACAAGUACACUGGAAAUCUUUCACCUUCUGGUCCUUUGAUAUCAAAUGGAGGUGGGAUUGAGACGUUAUCGGGAUCGGAGUUUCUCUGGGGGAGUCCUAACUCACGCUCUGAACCUUCGAAUUCUUCGGUUUGGUCAACAUCAUCCGCUGGGAUUCCAUUCUCCUCAGCUCGUGCAGACCGAUCUGUUCCAUUUCCACAUCAGCAUCAAACUCAGAAUCGCAGCCUUCAUCAUCUCCAUGUUGGGUCUGCACCAUCUGGUGUUCCUCUAGAAAAGCAUUUUGGAUUCUUCCCAGAGUCCUCUAAGGACACAUCGUUCAUGAACUCUGUUGGUCUUCAAGGAACGAGUGGAGUGGGUCUCAAUGGUGGAAGUUUCCCGUCAAAAAUGACAAAUCAUGGGAUCAUGAACCAAGGAAGCAUGGCUGAGAACGGUUUCUCAAGUUACAGAAUGAUGUCUUCUCCGAGAUUCAGCCCCAUGUUCUUGAGCAGCGGUCUAAACCCAGGACGGUUCUCCUCUGGCUUUGAUGGGUUGUAUGAAAAUGGAAGGGCACGUAGAGUCGAGAGCAAUUCGAGCCAGGUCGAAAGCAGGAAGCAGUUUCAACUUGAUUUGGACAAAAUUAUGAAUGGAGAGGACCCUCGAACUACCUUGAUGAUUAAGAACAUCCCAAAUAAAUACACCUCGAAAAUGUUGCUAGCUGCUAUUGAUGAAAAGAACCAAGGAACUUACAACUUUCUGUAUUUGCCCAUUGAUUUUAAGAACAAAUGCAAUGUUGGCUAUGCAUUCAUCAACAUGCUCUCUCCAGAUCUCAUCAUUCCAUUUUACGAGGCUUUUAAUGGGAAGAAGUGGGAGAAGUUCAACAGUGAGAAAGUAGCUUCAUUGGCAUAUGCUCGGAUACAAGGAAAAUCUGCCCUUAUAGCCCAUUUUCAGAACUCAAGCUUGAUGAAUGAAGACAUGCGUUGCCGUCCAAUUAUCUUCGAUACAUCUAUCAACUCAGACUCUGUUGAACAGGUUAAUGUUGAGGAAAGUAAGAAUGUGGAUCUUCUUGAAUCGGAGCUCAAUGAUGAUGGCAGAGAGAAAAGCUGACACAAGGGGAGAGAAGGCUCAGUGUUGUGAUCGUCACUGUUUUUUUUUUUUUAAGUACUAAUUUUUAACCGUACAUAUUGGAAAAAAGGCAGAGUUAACUGAUGCAGAAACCUGCAAACUGUGUUUUCGAUUUGCAGGUUUUAAAUGCUGCAGCUUUGAGUAUCCACUCUGCUUCUUUUUUUUUUUCUCCUUCAUGUUCUUUUUUGGUUUCAUGGAGUAUAUAUAGAAAAACCAUGAAAUACUCUCUCGGUUUUAACUUUUAUGUGGGUAUGAUGUUGUAACUCUUGAAACUCCUUGUUUCUUUUAUUAAACGCUUUGGCAAUUUGUACAGUAAA